CGUGCCCGUGGACGAUGGUGGCGGCCCGGGGCGCUGCCGCCCGCCGCGGAGCGCUGCUGCUGCUGCUCGCCGCCCUCGGAUCCUGCCCUUUGCGCCUCGUCCGUGCCGCAGUGUCCUGUCCCCGGAGCCUGGACUGUGCCCUGCAGCGCCGAGAGUUCUGCCCACCGGGGUCAGGUGCCUGUGGGCCCUGCCUGCCCCCCUUCCAGGAGGAUGACCACGGGCGCUGUGUCCAGAAGCAGUUCUCACCCAGUGGACGGACCUCCAUUCCCAGCUUGGAGGCAGAAAUUGAUUUUCUGGCAGAUGUGCUGGCCAGGCAAGAGGCUCCUCACCACCGCCUGGUACAGGAUGGCAGACCCAGGACCACGCUGGUGCCCAACGGCAGCAGACAGCGCCUGGCCAGCGGGCUGAGAGAGGGGCAACUGCAGCGGGGUCCCACCAGCACCACAGCAGCCGCCACCCUCCCCACCACUGCCACGGUCCAGAAGAACCCAGUGGAGGCAUCCCCCAUCCCUGCAAAUGACAACGUGGUGCUCGGGCUGAUCGUGGUGUGCACAGUGGCCGGGAUCUCGGCGCUGAUUGUGGCAGCCGUCUGCUGGUGCAGGCUGCAGAAGGAGGUCAGGCUGGCGCAGAAAGCAGACUACUCGACCCAGCGAGUGGCCAGCCCCCUGCCCUACGACAAGAUCUCGGUAAGGCAUGUCCCUCCCUGUGGGGUUUUUGGUGCUCUGCUGGAGGGAUUCCUACAUUGUGUAGGCCCCCCACCAGCCAGGCUGGGGCACUCCGGAGCCUGGUCUCCACAGCUGUUCCUGCUCUCUCUGCAGCCCGGGGACAAGACGCUGGCUCAGAGCGCCCAGAUGUACCACUACCAGCACCAAAAGCAGCAGAUGAUCUCCCUGGAGAAGCAUAAAGAGGAGCCCAAGCUGCCUGACUCUGCAUCCUCUGAUGAGGAGAAUGAGGAUGGAGACUUCACUGUGUAUGAGUGCCCCGGGCUGGCUCCGACUGGAGAAAUGGAAGUGAGGAACCCGCUGUUUGACGACUCCUCCUUACACCUCUCCAACCUCAAGUCGCACCAGUAACACCCCUCCAGACUCCUGCACCCGAGCUCGCUACAGACUGUGCCUGCAGCCGGGGCCUGGUGGGGCGGCCCGUGCCGGAGGGGCACCCACAGCCGGCCAAGGACCACAGACCCCGCGCUGCCAGACUGUUCGCCUGCCCAAUAAACACCCACUAACAGCUAUGGGAGCGGGGAUUGCCCCCGUUUCCAGCGUCCUUGUCCUCUUUGCUGCUGUGAUCGCGUCCCUGCCUUGCCCUUUGCUUCACUGCCCUCGGGGACAUGCCAGCCCUACACGUGGGGGGUGGCUGCUGCUUUGGCACAGAAACUGGGGGGUCUGCGGCACUGUCUCUGCAGCUGGCUUUAAGGAGGGGGCUGCUGCCCUGGCUGCAGCUAGGCUGACGUGAAAGGGAUGGAGAGAGGGUUAGAAAGCAGGAGAGGGCCAGGAGGGCUGGGCAUGCUCAUGUCUGGCAUCAGGGCUGCCAGCCUGCCCAGGGAUGGAGCCUUUCCCUGGAGCAAGUGGCAUCACUAAGGGCUUCAGUGCCCAUUCUACCCCCUCCUUCCCAGCCUGGGCAGCCCCUGGCAGCAGGACAGUGCUCUGGGAGCCAAGGGCAGGACCAGGAGUGGCUCAAGCAGGUGCUGGCAUCACUCUCCAGGAUGCUCCUUCAGAUGCUGCCCUGGGGCGCAGACAGUCCCAGUGCCACUGUGGCCUGGGAGCCCAUGCCAGGCGGUGCUGGCAGAGGAUGAGCUUUUUCUUACCCCAGGCCGUGGUGGGGUGAAAACUCAGAAAAAGGGUUCAGGAUUUUGUUUUUAAGCCUAUGUGGCUGUGGGGGAGGAAGGAGCAGGACUGAAGGGAGCAGAGGUGGCUGGGAGGGGUAGCCAAGGCAUGGAGCCCACGCCCUGGCAGCAUCCCUGUGGAGUCUGGCACUGCGCACUCUCCAGGCAUCCCUCCGUGGCAGGAGACAGUCUCCCCUGCUCCAUCUCAGGCACCUCCUGGGCCUCAGACACCCCCUGCACCCCUCUCUUACCAGUGUCCAGGCUCACCAGCCCUCACCAACACGUCCCUGCUCGGAGCCCAGUGCUGCUCCCCAAAGCCUCCUGGGUGCAUUGGCCGUGACCUUCCAGCAGAAGGCCCAGGACAGGGUUUGAGUUACUUUUCACAGAUUGUGGCUUCAUGUCCAGACCCUGUAGUGGUCUGUCAUGACCACAGGUGACCUGUUGCAUGGGGGUGACCUCUUGCACUCACGGAAGCCAUUGCACGCUCAGGCAGACACAGGCAGGGCAGGCAGCAGUGGCAGGGACGUGCCGGUGACAUGGUGGUGGCAUGGGGCCGUUACCGUCCCUGUCCCUGGCGGGGUGGCUGACAGAGGCUGUCACAGCACAGAUUCUGUCCCCAUGUCCUGUGCUGCCCCUCCCCAUGGGCUGCUGCCCCUCUCCCCACACCUCUCAUUGUUGUUGUAUGAAUUGUAGUUCUUUUAAAAGAUUUUAUUAAAAGACCGUGUUUGAGACCCA